AUGAAGCAACUCCACAAGCAAUCCUCAAACACCAGAAAAGACGAGGAGAUGCCCUUCUCCCAAACCCCGCCCUACUCCCCCAAAUCCAUGAAGCAUCCUCGAUCCCUCCCCAGAUCCCUCAACUACAUACUCCGCGAACAGCGCCUCCUCUUCAUCCUCAUCGGCGUACUCAUCGGCUCCACCUUCUUCGUCAUCCAGCCGUCGCUCUCCGCUCUCUCGUCGGCGGACCGCCGCAGCCCCGGGAUCUCUUCCGGCGGUCGCCACUCGCUGGCCAAGGCCAAAUUUCUGGAUCGGGAACUGUCGGCCGAUUCCAGGAGCAGCUUCGUCGAUGGGAGCUACAAUCGGUACUCAAAUGGUGUUGGGCGGGUGCCGGUGGGGAUCGGGAGCAAGAGGAGGAGGAUCGUCGUCACUGGCGGCGCCGGAUUUGUCGGGAGCCAUUUGGUGGAUAAGCUGAUUGCCAGGGGCGACGACGUGAUCGUGAUCGACAAUUUCUUCACGGGGAGGAAGGAGAACGUGGUGCAUUUGUUCGGAAAUCCGAGGUUCGAGCUGAUCAGGCACGAUGUUGUGGAGCCAAUUUUGCUGGAGGUGGAUCAGAUCUACCACUUGGCCUGCCCUGCAUCGCCCGUGCAUUACAAAUAUAAUCCCGUCAAGACAAUCAUAUCCUUUUUUUAG